AUGACCAAAAAUCCCGCCCAAGACUACCUCCGCAUUCUAUUAGACGGCGAAGGCCAUGGAUAUCCACAACAACCACAAUACCACAAACCAGGCCAAACGAUCAAAGGAACAGCAGUCUACUCGCCGCCCACCGAAGUCAAAGUACACACCAUGACAAUCCUCUUCAAAGCAACCCUCUACAACGAACUCAAAGACAGCGGUCAAGCUUCGUACGGUUGCGUGCGCACAGGAAACCAGUCCCUGUUUCGCUACGAAAAAACAAUACUCCAAGGACCCCAUAAAGUAUCGCCAAAACCUCAUGAGUGGGCAUUCGAGUUUGAGGUCCCCGAGAAAAUCAAGGUGCCGUUUGUGGCGGACUUGCAACCAGUUCCUCCUAGUUGGAAUGUGGUCAGUCUGGCGAGGGUGGUGUAUGAGUUGAAAUUGUGCGUCAACCCUCAUCGCAAUACCAAUACCAUGCAGAUUGAACGCGAUAUCCGUGUAUGGCCAUUCGAGCAUACAGAGCUGCCUCUGCCGACGCUGGAGACGCAACUUCUGAUGGAGCCGACGGUGGAGGUGCAGAGGACGAUUUAUGCGACACAGCGACGACGAUCUUCGACAUUGAGCUUGACAGGACUCUCGCGCAGACGCUCCUCCACUGUCACCGUACCCACUCUUACUCCCGUGUCUCCCACUACUACAACCAGCAGCAACGCGCUUUCCGGCCCCAGUCUAGCAAUUUGCAUGCCUUCGUCACUAGGCGCAUGGCAACGCUUCGACAUCAGCCUCAUCUGCCACAACACCAACAACACCUCCACCUCUACCGCACCAAUCUACACACUUCAAACCUGCGAGCUUGCUCUCAAAGCCCAAGUCUCCUUCACCACCGCCCGACCCACACCCACAAACACCUCGGACCCAAAACCACCCGCCAUCCCCAUCGCAAAGUUUAGACUCCUAGGCAAAGGCCUCCAACUGCCAUGCACCGCCACGCCCGUAACUGUAAAACGAGACAUGGCUCUCAUAGACAUGACACGAGGCGACGCCUCCCUCUUGGUCCCAGAUUUUGGCAUCGGCGCCUUCAAACUCGAAUAUAUCAUGGAAGCGUCCGUACAAGUAUUGGAUGUGGCUACAGGAGCGAUACUAGAGAGAAAAGCAGAGAUGGGGUUGAAAGUGUUGCCAGGUGGAUUGGCAGAGUAUAGAAGAAGUGAAGACGAGGAUGCACCGCCUGGAUUUCAUGAGGUGGUUGGACCACCGGAUUACGAGGAUGCGGAUGCGGGUAUUUGGGCUGAGAUGCACAGGACGCCGGCGUAUACGGUUGCUGUUUGA